GGAGGUCAGGUCCCUCGGACGCGCCUCCGCCUUCAGGUCCCCUGCGGAGGGCGCGGUCUGAGUUUUCUGUCUCUCUACCCCGCUGUGUUUUGUGUCUCUGGGUGUCUGUGUUUCUCGGUCACUAUUUCUGUCUCUGUACUUUUCUGUGUGUGUCUCCUGUACCCUGUACGUCUCUAUGUCUGUCUCUCUCUUUGCAACCCUCUGCCUGUCUCUGUCUUAGUCCCUAGGUCUCUAUCUCUCCAACUUUCCGUCUCUGUGUCCCUAUCUCUCUCUGCCUCUGUCUCUCCCUGCGUCUCUCUCUCCCUCUCUGAAUUUCUGUGUCCCAGUCCAUCUUCAGUGAUCUCCCUCUAGCUCCCUCCACCUUUCUGUGUCUCUUUCCCACGUCUGCAUGCCUAGCCGGACAGCGGGGGCGCCUUGCCCUCAGGGUUUCCACAGCCGCCUACGGCUUUGGCGCCGGCAGGGUGGGCAGCUCGGCGGGCCGCGGGCGCCCCCGUGUGGCCCGCAGGGGGCUGUAAGGAGAGGACAGCAGGCAGAGUGCGCGCGCCCGCAUGGGUGUGCCUGGUGCAGAACACUGUGGCCGCCCGUGGGUGACACCGGGAGGUAGUGUGUGACGCCAAGAGACUCACUGUGUGAGUGUGUACUACUUGAGAUCGCGCGUGACGCCAGAGGUUGUGUGUGGCUGUGUGACCUUGUGAGAUUUUCUGUGACAACCAGAAACAGAGUGUGACUGUGUGAAAUCGUGUUACACCGAGACGUUGUGUGUGACAGUGUAUGUGAGGUGACCGAGAUGACCUAUAGGUGACUGCGUGUGACACCGUGAGGUUGGGUGUCCCUGAGACACUAUUUGGGGGAUGUUUGUGGCAUCGAGAAACCAUACGUGAGCAAGAGAUCGUGUGUGACACUGUGCAACAUGGUGAGGACAGGAGAGUUGUGUGUGUCACACGGGCAGAUGGUGUGUGAGAGAGGGCGAGAAUGAAUAAGUGUGAUCCACCAGGUAAUGAUGUGAGAAGCAGUGUGAGAGGCCCCGGGGGCGGGGGAGCUGGGUGUGAGAGUGACCAUGUGAGUGUGAGACAGGAUGUUUCAGCCACACUGAUGACGUAGGAGAAGCUGGGUGGGACUGUGUGUAACACAGACCAUGUGGGACCCUGAGACUGGCCCAGUGUCAUGACAGUGCAUUAGAGCGUGUUCAACCAUCCUGGGCACUCAGAUGGGUGUACGAGAGAAACCUCGUGUGUGUAAGUGUACGUGUGUGACACCAGGAGAUUGCGGUGUGAGGGCGACAGCUGUGUGUGACACACUGUGUAAGGCUCGGCAUGACAUCUUGAGAGAUUGUGUGCGAUCCUGUGCGGAGCUGUGUGUGUAUGCUUGACACUCUCGAGUUGUGUAAGAUGUCACCAGUGAGGAUGGGCCAGACUCGGAGAGACUGUGAGGGACCGUGUGACAUUUUGAGAGGCUGUGUGACUGUGGCGCUCUGGGAGGUUGUGUGUUGAGCACAGCUGGUUCAGGAGACCGUGUGCAGCACCGUGUGACACAACGUGAUAUUGUUCAUUUCUCUGCCAGGGACAGUGAGUGUGAGUCUGCUUGCUGAGAGGGGUCAUCUGGGAUGGGGUGACACUGAGGUGGGGGAUGUGACAGGGUGGCAGAGCAUAUGUAAUGGAGUGAGAGGCUGUGUGGGACCCACAGGAGAGAUUUGUGUGACUGUGGAAUAAAUGCAGCAGAGCAUGAGGCACAUCUUGAGAGACUGUCUUUACCUGUGAGUGUGUGUGUGUGUGUGUGAGCGUGUGUGUGUGUGAGAGAGAGAGAGAGAGUGAGAGACAGAGAGAGAGAGAGAGUGAGAGACAGAGAUUGAGAGGGGAGGCUGCAAGAGAGAUAGAGGGAGAGAGAGAGGCACAGAAACACAAAGACAAAGAGGGGGACGGACAGACAUAACAAGAGGACCCAGAGAGACGGAGGCGAAGCAGCGAGGGCGAAGGGGAUGGUGGUGGCAGUGGCAGGAGGAGGCGGGUCCUCAGAGACUGUGCCCCAGGAGAGGGGGCGGGGCGGGGCUGAGGGGGGACCCAGACGCUGCUUCCCAGCCUCUGCCACCCGCCCGCCAUCCCGGCCCUGAGCAGCAACAGGUAGGAGGCUCCGGUCUCGGCCCCGCCAGCUAGUUCCUCUGCCUGGGAAUGAAUGGAUGCGUGAGUGAAUGAAUGACUUUACACUUCUGCAUCUCCAGCAGCCCGUCUCUCCCUCUGUCCCUCCAUGUGCCCCUCUCUGUCCCCUUUCGUCACUCCAUCUCUCCUCCUGCCCUUCCACUUCCUUCUCUCUGUCCCCCUGCCCCUUCUCUCCUCUGUCCCUUUAUCUCCUCUGUGCCUCUCUCUCCCUCUCCUCGCUGUCCCUCCCUCUACCGCUCCAUUUGUCCCUCUCUCUCCUCUCCCACUCCAUCACUCCAUCCCUCCCCAACCCUUCCAUCUCCCCUUCUCUAUCCUCCCUCGGUCCCCUCGUCCCCUCUGUGCUUCCGUCCCCCUGUAUCACUCUGUCCCUUUCUUUACCCCUCUAUUUGUCUCCCUCUUUCGCUGCUCCCUGCAUCACUCCGUCCCUCCCCAUCUCUCCAUCUUUCUAUCCCUCCUCAGUCUCUUUAUUCCCCCCUGUGCCUCAGACUCUGCCUCUGUCAUUUUGUUUCUUCCUCUGCCCCUCUGUUUUUCCCUCUUUCCAUCCUUUCUGCCCCUCUCGCAGUCAUGGCUGGGUUGCCCCCCCUCUCCAGCCCCCUCUCCGGCUGCUAAUGAGCAAGAGAAGCCUUUGAGGUGGCCAGAGCUGGGCCAUGUCCAACAACAUGGCCAAGAUAGCGGAGGCCCGGAAGACGGUGGAACAGCUGAAGCUGGAGGUGAACAUCGACCGUAUGAAGGUGUCACAGGCGGCGGCCGAACUCCUGGCCUUCUGCGAGACUCAUGCCAAAGACGACCCGUUGGUGACGCCGGUACCCGCCGCAGAGAACCCCUUCCGCGACAAGCGCCUCUUCUGCGUCCUGCUCUGAGCCCUCCCGACAGCUUACCCUCCCCUGUCAAAGUAUGAAUCCAAUAAACGUGGUGACUGUG